AUGGGUCAAUUUCCAGAAGAGCAACAAUCAGGAGAAUCAGAAAUAAGGGAUAUAAAAUCAAUAGAGGCUGAAGAAUAUGUAAUAGAUAAUUCAAAUCAUGAAUCAAUAGAACCAAAUAAAAAGGAUUUGGAUAGAAUUUAUAGAAAAUUAGACUUUAGAAUUAUACCUGCUUUAUGGUGUUUAUAUUUCUUAACUUCAUUUGGAUCAAGUUGUUAUGGAUUAACAUUAACUAUGAAUGCGGAAAAGGGUCAUUCAUUAAUUCAAAGUUUAAAAUUAACUUCUCAUCAUACUGCUACUGCUUCUGCUUUAUAUUAUGUUGGAUAUAUUAUAUUUGAUGUACCUAUGAAUUUGGUGAUGACUAAAGUAAGUCCUCAAUCUUGGUUAGCUAGAAUUGUUAUUACUGUGGGUUUAGUAUACACAUGUUAUUCUGCUUUACAUGCAGCUGGUGCAUUAAUUGCUAUAAGAUUUAUUAGUGGUAUGGUAGGUGCUGGAACUUGGCCAGGUAUGAGUUAUUAUAUCUCGUUAUGGUACCCUAAUGAAAGAUCAACAAGAAGAAUAGGUUAUUAUUUUACUGCUGCACAAAUUUCAGCUGCUGUUGCAGGUUUAGUAAGUGCUGGUUUCCAAAAAAUGGAUGGUGUUCAUGGUUAUUAUGGAUGGCAAUGGAUGUAUAUGAUUUAUGGAGUUAUUACCAUUGCUGUUGGUAUAUCUUUGUUGUGGUGGUUACCGGAUAGACCUUUUAAAAUUUUGAAAGAAUCAGAUUCUAAAAUUAUGAAAAUAUAUAGAAAAUUUUUCACACCAGUUACUCCAUUAAAUGAUUGGGAAAAAGAAUUACAUAGAAAAGAUUUGGAGCAUAGAUAUAAAUUAUUGAAAUGGACUUGGAAAGAUUUAGUCGCUAUAAUGACAGAUUUAAGAAUUUAUCCUUUAGUAAUUAUGUAUUUUGGAGUAGUUGGUACUGGAUUUGGUUUAGCUGUAUUUGGAUCAACUAUUAUAAGAACAAAUGAUCCAAGUUUAUCAUCAAUUCAGGUUUCUUUAUUAUAUGCACCAAUUUGGUUAUUUGAUUUAGGUGGUAUAUUAAUCAUGACACCAUUUGCUGAUAAAUUCAAAAGAUUCAGAGCUUUAAUUUUUAGUUUUGCUUGUGUUAUAAUCAUAGUUGGUAUGGUUGUAACUACUUUUGCUCAUGGAUCAUGGAAUAAAUAUGGUGGUUUAUUAAUUGCAGGAUUUGGAUUAGGUCCAACAGUUCCAAUUUGUAUGUCAUGGUCAGCUGAAAUCUUUGGUCCAAGAUAUGGUGAUGUUGGUUGUGCUGUUAGUUCUGCAGUUGUCAGUGGAUUGGGUAAUCUUGGAUCAGUUACCGCUACUUAUGCUUUAUAUAGUGGUUGGCCAGCUGAUAAAAAGAGAUUAUAUCGUAAUUCAAAUAUGAUGUUGGUAUUAAUGUUGGGUGUUAGUAUUAUUGCAUCAGCUGUUUGUCAUUUCUUAAAAGAUAGAAUUAGACAAAAGAAAUAG